CUCCACCACUGACAAUGUCCUGUCGGCCAAAAAUCUAUCAGGCACCCUCGCUUUGCGCUUCCCAAUCUAACCCGCCCGCAUGCCUAAUCUGCUCCUAUAACGGCUGCUUCUUUUGCUGUCCUCGACAAAGCUAGAUGCAUGGGCUGAGACAUUCACUCCAGCGCCCGCUCGUAUCCGCUGCCAUGAGCCCUAUACGACUGUCGUCCGUCACGCGUCAGCUUUCAGCUUUGUCACUCAUCCCAUCUUGUCGUCGCUUCUUGUCGACUUUCAUCAUUGCAUCCGCCCUGCAUCUCAUUUCGAAAAGCUUCGACGCUUGCCCCCUCGGUCCGAGCCUUGACCCCUCUAACAUUCACCUUGCUAUUUCAGGCUUUGCGCGACAGGAACUAAAUCUUGUCCUCUCCUCGCUCCAUCAUGCUUCAUGUUCCAUUCAUCGGCUUUACCAUGGCCGUUGUUGGCUUUGCAAUAUGUCUCAGUUGGAAGCCGAAAGCCUUUACUCUUCUCUCCAUUGUCUCGUAAACGGCUCACAUGCAUCCGCCCAGAGCUGAAUCAGCUAUCCAAAUAUAUACAAUGCAUGGGAAAUCCUCUCUACACCAAAAACGCCUCCGCUGUAAUUACAUUCUGCCAACCAUCUCUCAAUCAGUCUUGAUAGCACCGUAGAUCCUACGGACAAAAGCAUAGGCAGUCAGGAACCCAAUGGUUCCGGUCAAGAGGGC